ACACUUCAAGGGAGGCAUAAAAAAGAUUUAAAGAUAUUUCUCUAUAUAUCCCUAUGUAAAGAUUUACUCUAUAUAUUUCUAUGUAAAAAGUUGAUGCCCCAUUAUGGCCCCAUCCUACCCCAAAGGGUCAUGAUUUUCAAAAACUUUAAAUCUACACUAGUUUAGAAUGCUUCAACAUAAGUUUCAGCUUUCCUGGCCAAAUGGUUCAAGUUGCCUGCUAGAUGCCCAUUACUAAGUGGAAUAUUUAUCAUUAGAUUUAGUGCACAAAGUAAUUGAUUCCUAAAACUAACUAUUUAAACAGGGAUCAAGGAUUUGAAAAUCUCAGUAGAGGCCUUUCAUCUUCACAAUGCACUGCUUUAAGUCCAAUAUCAAGCAAUAGAAAAUUAUUGAAGUCAUCCAUGUGAUUGUUUAUUCAAACUAACUCCUUGGGGUUUUGACCUAAUAUAUGUUUCACAAGAUACUGUGUCAAUAUGUCUGACCGUUUUUUAAUUUAUAACUAUAUACAGUAGAGUCAACAAUUUCCACCCACAGGGUUUUGUGCUUAGCCCCAUCUCAUAUCCCUUGGACCCGGAAAAUGUGACUGACAAACUUAAUGAAAAUUAAAGUCUUUUCCUGAUCUGUUGGAAAGAGAAAAUAAGUUUUUUUGACCCACAAAUAAUAGAUUACCAUUUUUGUUAAGAUGCACAUCUUCUCAUUAUGUCCUGGUAAACUAUUUAAUUUUCUAAAAUUCUGCUGAUGAUGAAUAUGUGUAUGUAUAUAAGAAAAAUAAAUAAACAAAAAUGAUAGACUGGUUGGCAGGAAUAUAAAAAUCUAGCUAUACUUUAUGUAAAGAUUUCAGCAUUAGGUUGACUCUCCUCUGAAUAAAAAAUAAUGUCUUGCAUUUUCCUUUCAGGCAUGAUCAAUUCUGGUAUGGGUCCCAGACAUGUAAAUACUUUUUUAACGGCCUGUGAUAUUCCGCCAAUAAACCAUAAAACUAUAGCCAAAAAAGAAAACAUCAUUGGGCAGGUAAUUGAAGAUGAGGCCAAAAAAUCUUGUGCAAGAUCACUCGAGGAAGAAAUUCAAUCCUCCAAUACUUUGGAGUGCAGCUAUGAUGCCGGCUGGCAGACUCGUGGCACAGGGUGGAACUACAACAGCAUUUCAGGACAUGGAACACUGAUUGGGAAGGAAACUGGCAAAGUUCUGCAGUUUGAGACAAGGAGUAAAAGUUGCAGUGUCUGUGACUACCAUGCAGAGGGUCCAAUACCAGUCCAUCAGUGUACAAGAAAUUGGGAUGGAUCUAGCAAGGCCAUGGAGCCAGACAUGGCCAUGUCUAUGCUCCACAAAAUGAAAGACAGUGGCCAUCCAGUGCAGAUCAUUCACGGUGACAACGAUUCCACCACUUCUUCCUCUUUGAAAUUGGAGUUUCCUGAAAUCAGAAAAAAAGAUGACAAAAAUCAUAUAAAAAAGGGAAUUUCAAAAAAGCUGUACACAUUAGCCACAAAGUGGAAGGAGCUUAAGUCCCAGUCAUCUGUGAUUCCAUACCUAGUGAGGUGUUUUAUGUAUGCUCUUGCCAAGGCCAACACCAGUGAUGAUGUCCAUGAAGGACUUUCACAGAUUGUGCCUCACAUCUUUGGUGAACAUAAAUUGUGCAGUGACUACUGGUGUUCAUUCUCAAGAGAUUCUUCAAAUUUCAGGUUCAAACACCUACCAAAUGGACAGCCACUCAAGGAGGAAGGUCUCAGGCAUGCCCUUGAAGAAAUGGUAGAAAUGUAUAAAAAAAGAGCUGACCAACUCGUUGAAAUGGGAUCAACCCAAGGAAAUGAAAAUUUUAACUUUAUCGUUUCCAGCAAAGCUCCAAAAAAUCGGUUAGUAUACUCAAUAUAAAUUUAUUAAAUUAAUGGAAACUUUGAAGUAUGUACACUAUCAUUAAAAUGAUAUGAAAAUUUAGGUUAACAUGAACAUCAAUAUACAAAUGAUAAUGAAUCUAAUCAUGAACAUCUAGUCAUUGAAUCAAAAAGAUUGCUCCCUUUACAUUCAUCUACUGCACUUCAGAACCCUUUUGACUAACAAUUAAAAUGUUUACCUAGAUAUUGAUAAUAAAUUACAAAAAAUAAAUACCAUAUUAGAAAUGUU